UGAGCAUUUUCUCCUGAAUACGGGUCUGGACAGCCGCCUCGGUACCUCUAUAUUCUCCCCAACAACCUUUUUUAAAGACUGCGGACGACGCUGCUGCCUCAGUAAAGUCCUUGUGAUUGGAUGAAGAGAGAACCACUGACUACCAGUAUGGACGCGCUCCAUCCUGGAGUUUCCCAUAAUCCUUAGGUCUCUGAUCUGCAGCUGAGUGUACUGAACCCUGAACCGUGACCAACGCCGGUCUAUGACUGACCUCCUGUCAGUUGAUCUGUCUUGUGCCAUGAUGAUGUCAGUAGAUGUGACCAAUCGUAAUGGCCCCACUGCCACGCCUCCCACUUCACUCAGUCUGCGCUCCUCCCACAACCAGCUGCUCAGCAGUGAUGUGAUCAAACAGGGCUCUGCCACGCCUCCAAAGUGUCGCAAAAAGUAUGCACUUACCAGCAUCCAGGCCGCCAUGGGCCUUGGAGAAGCGGUGCCAUCUUCAUCCUCGCCAUCAUCAUCGCCAUCGCAGUCAUCAACCCCCAACAAUCCCAAACUAGCAAAGAAUGGAGUCAAUCAGCUCCGUAAAGCUGGUCAGGAUCAUAACAAAAACACGACUGAUUUGACUGACCUUGAGUGUAAUUCAGAAACUAUAGCAGAUGAGCUCAGUGUCAGCACAUCUGAGGAACCUGAUGGUCACACUCUCUCCAGUAAUGAACAAGAGAAUGAUGUCAUAAAGCUAGAUUUUGAACUGCACCCAGACAGUAGCACAGACGCAGAGCCCGAGCAGAACACAGAAUCAGAUAUAGACUGUAAUGUCAACACGACUGUAGAGCUCAAACUGAACGUCAACACUUCAGGCACAGGAUUUGACUUGAACAUUGAGACAGAGGAGAGUGAUGAUAUCAGCAUUCUGUCCGAGAAGGAAAUUGUGUCAAAGAUGAAGACUGAGGAAGAUGGAGAUGAGGUGGUGGUGGAGGCGGAGGAGCAGGAGGACGAGGAGAAGAAACCUUUACUGAUACAGAGUGAGUCUCCUGUGAAGAGCCUCAAAGUUUCUUCAGGCCUGGAACUCAUCUCCGACCUCCAGUCGAACCUCAAGCUCCUCAAAACGGGCAAGGACUCUCCAGUGCCUCCUCCUCCCUCCCCACCCAGGCAGGCCAGCCCAGAGGAUACACCCCUGCUCUCCGUGGCCUCCUGCUCCUCCUCUUCCUCCUCCUCUCCAGAGACAAAGAAGGACAGAAGGACUGGCGCAAAGACAGACUGCGCUUUGAACCGUAUCCAGAAUCUGAACCCCAGUGAUGAAGAACUGAGCUGGACCACACUGUCCCAGGAGAGCAACUCCCCUGAGGAAACAGAUAUCUGGAGUGAGCAGUCAUUCCAGACAGACCCUGACCUGCCUCCAGGAUGGAAGAAGAUCACAGAUAUGGCUGGUAUCUACUACUGGCACAUUCCUACAGGCACCACCCAGUGGGAGAGGCCUGCCACCUGCCCUGCACCCCCUGGGCAGACAGAGUCCCAGGCCCUGAGUGACCACACAGCCUCAACACCGCGUAAACACUCCCUGGGCUCACUCAGCCCCUCACCCACUCCUGACCAUGAGUCGUGCCAGGCAGAGGUUUUCUUUAGGGCGUCUACUCGCUCGGGCAGCACCACCUCCGACAGCUCGGUGGAGCCCCUCUCCACACAUGAGCCCAUCCUCCCCACAUGUGGAUUUGUUAACAGCUGUUACUUUCCUCGUUCCACAUCUCUACAGGGAAUGCCUGAUCAAGAGUGUCGCCCUCAGCAUCAUGAAGAUGAGGACAAGAAACAGAUGUGGAGUGAUUUUGGCGGAAAGAUUGAUAGUGAAGUGUGGAAGGACCUGCAGGCAGCCACGGUGAACCCUGACCCCAGUCUGAAGGAGUUUGAGGGUGCUACACUUCGCUAUGCAUCACUCAAACUAAGGAACUGUCCAACAGUGGAAGAAGAAGAGUCCAGAAGUAUAAACAGUGAUCCAGAAGCAAAGUGCUUUGCUGUAAGAUCUCUGGGAUGGGUAGAGAUGGCUGAGGAGGACUUGGCUCCGGGGAAGAGCAGCGUCGCUGUUAACAACUGCAUCCGACAGCUGUCCUACUGCAAGAACGACAUCCGGGACACCGUCGGCAUCUGGGGAGAGGGGAAGGACAUGUACCUGGUGCUGGAGAAUAAUAUGUUAAACCUGGUCGACCCCAUGGACCGCAGUGUGCUUCACUCUCAGCCAAUCGCAAGUAUCCGAGUCUGGGGCGUUGGCCGAGAUAAUGGCAGGGACUUUGCAUAUGUGGCACGAGAUAAAAACACAAGGAUCCUAAAAUGUCAUGUGUUCCGCUGUGACACGCCAGCCAAAGCCAUCGCCACCAGCCUGCAUGAGAUCUGCUCCCGGAUAAUGACAGAGCGAAAGAAUGCCAAAGCAAUGGCAGGAGGCUCUCUCCAGGACAGAAUGCAGGCAGGACUAGAUCUCCCUUUGCAAGCAGAGUUUCCCACACCAAAGACAGAACUGGUUCAGAAGUUUCAGGUGCUCUACCUUGGGAUGUUGCCUGUGGCCAGACCAAUAGCCCUCUCUUCUCCAGGCAUGGACAUACUGAAUGGAGCCAUAGACAGUCUAAUUGGUUCUUCCAACAGAGAAGACUGGACUCCAGUAGCCCUCAACGUUGCUGAUGCUACCGUCACCAUCAGCAAGGAGAAGGAUGAAGGGGAGGUGCUGGUGGAGUGUCGAGUUCGUUUCCUGUCGUUCAUGGGCGUUGGGCAUGACGUGCAUACAUUUGCCUUCAUCAUGGACGCUGGUGGCCAUCGUUUUGACUGUCACAUCUUCUGGUGUGAUCCCAACGCUGGGAAUGUGUCAGAGGCUGUACAGGCAGCUUGUAUGCUGCGGUACCAGAAGUGUUUGGUGGCUCGACCUCCCUCCCAGAAGGCCUGUGGCUCGUCCCCCCCUGGUGACUCUGUGUCCCGUCGGGUUUCAACCAGCGUAAAGAAGGGCGUCCUGUCCCUCAUUGACACCCUCAAACAGAAGAGACCUGUCACAGAGUUGCCGCAGUAACCAAGGUUAAGUACUACCAACUUGACUCCCUGCCACAACCCCCAGUCACCAUGGUAACUAGUCGCAUCGCUGCCAAAAUCUGUCGCUACCACAGACCCCUGUAACCAUGGAAACACACUAAAGCCCCAGGGUUUGGGAAAUCCUGUCAUGAUAUUUUGCCUUCUGGAGCAAAUUCGAAUUUCACCUCAAGAGUUUAUCUGCUCUUAAGCAGCAAUUCAAGUCUGUUUCCUCAAAAUAACUGAGCUGGAUAACAACUAAUCCCAUAUCGAGAAGAAACAACCACCAGAAGCACCUCAAUAGUGGUAAUGUACAUAGAAGAAUUCACAUCCUCCUCCCCUUUCAGCAAAGAGAAAGAGCGAGGAAAGACACCAACAAUCGAAGAAUAAAUAAGUAGGAAGUACUCCUUCAAGCACAGCACGUGUGAUGAGUGAGCUCAUUACCUCCCAAACUGCUGAUCUCUCCAUGCUCUUGUUGUAUUUUUGUCUGUGCCUGUGCUGCCAGCAUGACCUUGCACACCUGGCCACACCCCCUCGUCAUUCACCUGGUUGUCCUGUUAGUCUGUAGUGACUUUUUCCCCCUCUGUCCCUCUUAUCCACGGUAGACUGUUGCAUCAAGUGAAAGGAAGGAAGGAGUUAUGAAAGCCAUGGUGUUUGAUGUUCAUAUCCGUGUGUAACCAAUUGAAGAAAUAAGAAGGCUACCGCAGGAUAAAGAGAUCUGGGCGUUGACGUCUACAGCACACUGUUCAACUGAUCCUGCAUGAACUUUUUAUAUAAAGGUGACACAUUCUAGACAAUAUCGAUACACUGCUGCUGCUUUCAGAGACUGAAGGGAUGAGAAAUCAGAAGCCACAUUGUUUUUCCUGUCUUAGCUCUUUGUUUCUCAUCAACUGUGCAAGAAUCAGCCAGACCGGCCGGGAUGGUCAAAACGAGCGGUGACCUUUCACCCGAAACAUCCUUCAUGUGCUUCCUGUUUACGUCUUGUUUUAACUCUUUUGUUAUCCCUCGGAAAAUGACAGACGAUAGCCAUAAUGGAGGAUGAGACACGGGGAUGGGACGGAGUCACUUAUUUGCUCCCCCGCUCUCUGGUGACCAGUACUCACUGCUGCUCCAAACACAGGAGACAUUAGCAUGCUGCUGCUCUUUGAUACACAUGCUGGAGGAAAUUUGACUGAUGAUUCCUUUAAAUCCCACCUCAGUAUCAAUCCUCUGAGACUUCAUGUCCGUUAAUAAAAGGGUCCUGGAGACAGUACAAAGCCCAGAGGAGGAGGAAGAAGAAGACUGGAGGAAUGUGUUUUUAUACCUGGGUAUGGUUGCAAUGAUUUUGUUCACAGCUGUGAUUUGAACUAUGAGGAGGUGAGAAGGAAAAAGACUGAUUUCAUCUCCAGAUUUGACUGUUUUUUAAAAGGAAAAAACCAACAGUGACAUGUUGACUCAAACUAACAGGACUUUCCUGGGCUGCUGUCUAUCUGUCUCCAGGGUUCUGUUCACUUGAAUGCACCUUUUCUGUUUUUUCCAUUGCCUACUUACUUACAGUAAUGUAAGUCUGUUUUCAUCAGUGCCACAACAUCACAAGCUUUUGUCUGUUUUCUAUGAUUUAUUCUCCCAAAAAUCUCAAUUCAACGCUGCUAGCUCCUUAUUAUGCUAUAUCCGAUAGACAGUAAUCUUGGUUGUAGGACAGCACAUAAAUACAUCUGACCGUUCUCUUAUCUCCGCCCCCAAGCAGGAAUUAUCCAAUCAUAGUUAAGUAACUGUAACCAAUCACAGUGUCUGAAAGAGUUUGGCCGGUAUUGGUUUUUUUUUCUUUCCUUUUCCUUUUUACAAAACCAAAAAAAUUGCAAGAAAAAAAGAAAGAAACAAGAGUAAGGGAAUAAUAAAACAGUUUAUAUACUCCAACAGAAGAUGUAAACUGCAUGCCUGGCUAACGAGCUGGCUGCUGCAGUAAUAAUCCAUUUCCAAAGGCAAGAAGCAUGUCAUAAACUAACUGCAUGAUGUUGUGGGGUUACAGGUUAGAUUAGAAAAAUGCCUCUUUACGGCUGUAACAUUCAAGAUAUGGGAUCCACAAUACUAGUAUAUCAGUUAACAACAGGGCUGCUAAUGUACUGAUUAUUUUCUUGAUUAGUUGUUUGGUCCAUAAAAUGUCAGAAAAUAGUGAAAAAUGAUGAUCACUGUUUCCUAGAGCCGCAAGUAGAAUCUUCAAAUGUGUUGUUUUAUCCCGACCAACAAUCUAUGACCUAAAAAUAUUCAGUUUACUGACAUAGAGGACUAAAGAAACCAGAAAAUAUUCACAUUUGAUGAGCUUGAAUCAGAGAAGUUGAAUGUUUGCUUCUUAAAAAAUAACUCUUUUUAUUAAAAAUAGUUGGCGAUUAAUCGUUGCAGCUCUAGUUAUAGCAGCUCUGUAUUGCUGUUUAUUGGGAAAGUUUACGCUCACUUAACUAAUUUCAGCUUUACCAACUCGUCAGUUCUGUUUACAGUAAAUCAUCUGCUGCUGCUCUGUUUCCAUGUUCAUCAUCAGCUGGUGAGGAUGCUGACUCUUUGCUUGGGACUUGUAGUCUUAGCUUAAAUUUUUAGUUUCAAUCUUUUAGCACAAUACCAUGAAUGUAUCAAUCGUACAUUUAAUGAAUGUAUAGAGUUCUUAUUUUUAAAUGAAUUAUCUGGAAACAUUAAAAAAUGAUAAGAAGCAGAGUUUUAGCCUUUAUCAUUAGCUACAGCAGAUAGCGACAGUGAUCAUUUUGGCCAUAGACUGUACGACAGAAUUUACAGUUGCUGGUGAGAAAUGAGAAGCUGGUUUUGUCUACCUCUGUCUUAAAUGAAGAAUACCCCCUCCAGACAUGUAAAAACAUUUUUAAAAACUCAGCUUGGAACAAUAACGCAUGCGUCAAAUGAUGAAAAUCUUUAAAACCACAUCCGCUCUGUAAGUUGCAUACUGGACCACGAUUGGCUCCAAUCGUGCACAUACACCUACCCCCCCUAAAAAGAAUCUGAUUCUUAAUAAGCACAGAGAAACAUUCCACUUUCAGCAGAUAAAUGUGAAAACAUGCUUCUCGUGUCAAACUUUAAAAACAGAUUUUUGACUGGAGGUGGACUUUUGAGUGGUAAAUCUGCUGCUGUUAUCGUAUGGCAUGUAUUUUAUGUAUAAACGAAAGCUUGACAAGCAUAGCAACAGUAACUAAGGGGGGCGGGACUUAGAGAACAGUCAUUUAUUUCGUCUGUAGGUGUUUUUACAGAUUUUAAAGUUAUCACAAACAGGUUGCAGGAACUAGGAGUGUUAUUGAGAUUCUGUGGAGAAAAUUCAGCCACAUCAGUUUUUUGGCACAAGGAUGUCGAAAUGUGAAUGAGAUGACUAAUUUGUGUGUACAUACUAUCCAUUCAAUGUAACAUUUGGCAUUAAUCAUUGUUAUAAGCUAUCGUUUCAUUUUGAAUGUCUUCUAGUUUUCUAUUAUUUUCUGUAAUGAAAUGCCUUUUUUUUGAGUGCUCACCAAAUGGCCAAAGUGUAAAAUAUUGAUAUACAUUGUUGUAGAUAAGAAAACAACGAGAGCAAAUAAUGAAAAAAGGAGAGGUGAUUGGAAAUUUUCACAGUCGUCAAUUAAGUUGAUACUGAAUUUAACUGAGCAAUUAUCUAUGCAUUCUUUUGAUCUCGAGAAAUGGAAAGUCGUUAAAAGCCUUGCAUGCCCUUGGACGGUUGGAAGAACGACUGUAUGUACUGAACAGAAAUAUUUUUUAUUUUAUUUAUUCUAUUUUAUAAAAGUAUACUGAUUUUAUUAGUUGAGGCAAGUAAAGUCUCUUGACUCUGUGUCAUUGUCUCUGUCGCUGGUUAACUCACAAUGCUACAACAGGCUCCGCUUUGCAGAAAAAGGCAGAUAAAGGAAUAUAUCUUCACCGUGUACAGUGCACUGAGAGCUGGGAGUCUACUGCUGAUAGGAGGAGUGAAGAGGAGGAGGAAGAUGAAGGCAACAGCAAUGGACUCCCAGCGUUUCUGUCAAGCUCACACACAUAAACAACAAACACACACACACACUCCAUUUCCCACAGAUGGAUGUGUUUGCUUCCGUUUGCUGCUCACUGAUUUGUACAAUUUAUCAAUGUAACCAAUUGUGAGAAUAAACAGCAUUAUAA